AUGAAAAAUUGCCGAAUAAGUAUACUAGUUAUACUGCUGGCUGCAGGCUUGAUGCUUGCAAGUGGGCAGAAACUAACUGGUGUGAGGAAUCUUCAGUCUACCAAUACAGCAGAUGAGAUAUACUCAUCUCUUAAAGGAGGUAGGGCUUUCCAGAUCCAUGGUGAAGAUUUUGCUUCAGGACAAGGAGCUGCUGACCACUCAGUUUAUUUCAGAGGAGACACUACAAAUCAGCUAGGUCCUGUUGUCAAUAACAACUUUGAUUUUCAAAGUAGUAUCCAACAGGGAUUUAUUUACUAUGAGACUCCUGCGUUAAGUCAGAUCGUACCUUCGCUUCAAUUGACGACUCUCUCCUCCCACACGGCUGUGGUAAACUUAAAAGAUUCUGGAGUAGGAUCAGCUCAGAGAAGUUUUGCUUGUGACACAGAUUCUGAUUGAGAUGUGAAAUACUCUGUUAAGCACACUCCCCAAAUUUUAAGGAUCUACCCAUCGACCAUCUACUCUGGACAAGACAUUUGCUUUGAAGUGUUUACAGAUGAAGUUACUAACAACAACAGAGAUGGAGUUAAUAAACUUAUGAUUGGAUCCUACCAUGCUGACAUUGCUACUUAUGACGAAGAUAACUCUGAUAGAGAGAACAACUAUUAUAACUCCCACCAAUGUGCAAUUGCUCCUGGUGCAAAAGCCAUGUCAAGCUAUGAUGCAUAUCUUUAUGGAGACACCGGGCUUUACCACGUGUCUGACUUUGCUAAAUCCUUCGAUGGGACAUCUGAGUACACCAUUAGAUCCGUUCCAAAAGUAGAAUCAGUGUACCCAAGCACUCUAAAUACUGUGGAUGGGUCAAUCAUAAGCAUUGCAGGAGAAGGAUUUUCAUCAACCACCUCUGAAAACACUAUUGAUGUCCAAGGAAAUUCCUGCCAGAUUCUUGAAGCUUCUGAAACUGAAAUUAAAUGUCAAAUAACCGUUACACAAAGCGAUUACUCUGGAACUUCUGACUUUGCAGGAGGUAUCGGAGCACAUGUAGUUGAGUACGAUGGAAUCGUAAGCUCUGGUAUCAGCAGUACCACUAUUACCCCAGUUUCUAAACAUUUUACAGAUAUGGUCUCUCGGACUAAUACCAAUGAUAGUGGAAAUAGACUUACUAGAUCUAUUGAAGCAUGGUUUGUGCCACCUCAAGAUGGAUCUUAUAUUUUCCAUGGAUCUUGUGACGACUCAUGCUCUGUUGAGCUCUCAACAACUCCUGACGACAAGUCAACUGCUGCUGCUUUGCUCACAUCACAGAAUAUUGGAUUUUCUAACUUCUGGAAGACCUCAACAAGUCAUAAAUCAGAUGCUAAAAGUUUGACAGGAGGAAAGAAAUACUAUAUGAAAGUCACAUUCGAUGAUUAUGGAAGUUCAGACUUCAUGCAGAUUGGAUUUAGCAUUGAAGACGACUCUACACAAGUUGCUAACUCAAACAGAGGUUGGAACAGAGCUUACAUUGAUGCGAAGCAUACUUUUGAGUCAUUUGAAUUAGAUAUUCCUGAAAAUCCUAAUGUCAGUUACAAAUUAAGAUUUGGUAGUCAAAGUACCAACGACUGUACUGGUAUCAGCAGCCAUGCUGAUAUUUUCUCAUCAUGCACCACAGAAUUAUGCCCUUGUGUCUCUACCGCUUUUAGUCACACCUCCUCAGAAGCUAAUUUCAGAUCUGCUAUUGACGAUUUCUUCAACAAAUUCCAUUCUUACUAUGGAACAAAUGUCCAAGUAACCAAAACUUCUUAUGAUAAUUCAGGCACCACUUGGUAUAAGUUCAAGGCUACAUUCACUUACGCUUUAAACGCUGCUAGUUUUGAUGAAGUCUUCUUAUACCAGAAAAAUACGUCUGAUAGUACAACCAAAACCCUCACUCUUGACACUGAUUAUAAGUUCACUUAUAUAGCUGCUAGUCUGCUGACUCAACCUCUUCAAGGAAAUUUUAGAAUCAAAGUUACCAAUGGAUCCACACCUCUUGCUGAAACUGAUGAUAUUAACCCUCAUGAAUCAAAAGGGCAAGUCUUAAGGAAAAUCUAUGAGAAACUUCCAAUACUGAUGGGAAAACUAGAAAUCAGAGAUUCUUACAGCACUUACUAUUCUGGAGAUGAAGGAAGAGAGCUGUUUUGGAGAUUCACUCAAGAUUUUAAAGAUUUCACCCUUGAAAUUAUUGAUUCAGCAACUACACCUUUGAAUAUUCCAAACUUCUCAUCUAAUGUGAUUGAUAUCGCAAAUCCAAGCGAUUAUAUGCCUGCUUCUAAAAAACCUUUUUAUGAAGUAAUCCCAGGAGCUUUUUUGAGAACUGUGGAGACCACUCCACAAGUCACUGUCUCAACCAAUGGAAUCACAGGUGCUUGCCCAACAAAAGGAGCAUGCGGAUUUACUUUCAGUUCUGUUUCUGGCUCCAUUAGCGCUUAUGAGUUCUUCUCAAGUUUCCCUGAAAUAAAAGUUACAGGAACUUCUAUACCAACAAGCACUGUUGAGUAUGUCAGUUUUGGAAACUGUAUCUGUGAUUUACACCCAAGUUAUACAGUAAAAGCUGAUGAAAUCCACUGCAUAAUGAGAGACUGCCCAUCAGGAGACUACAAAGCCUACGUUCAGACAUCAGGAGGUGCUCUAACUAACUCUGGAAGCAAUGAUUUUACUAUCCCAAUGGUGAUGAGCAACGUUAUCCCAACUGAGCUUUACUCCAGUGGAGGUCAAACUGUUACAAUUACAGGAACUAACUUCCCAUCAAGCUUGACCCAUGCAAAUUCUUUUAGUGAUUUCGCUGUUGAAUUCAGUGAUGGCAAAGAAUGUGUAGUUACUAGUGUCACAACAACUCAGAUUCUCUGCACAGCUCCAGCUGGCCUAACUGGUUCUACAAUUGAUUUGACUUUAAAAUUUAACUCGAAGAGUGAAACUAAGACUGGAAUCACUGUUUCUACUCCAGCUAAUAAUGUUGAAAGUAUUGAUAAACCUAGUGUUUCUCCAGUAGAGAAACAAGACUUAGUAAUCACUGCUGAUAAUAGACCAAGUACAACUCUCACUGAGUACCAUGGUCUUCUUGUGUCACCUACAAAGACAAUUAAAAUGAAGGUUAAUGCUAUUGUUCCAGAUGGAGCUAAGUAUAAAUACACUGUCAGAUUCCCAGGAGCUCCUAAAGGAGAUACUUAUGACGUAUACCUUGUGCAUAACGACCAGAGAUUUGGAAGUACCACAACUCUCAGCACUGUCUCCACUAUUUCAGCUCUUUCCAUUCAGGGAGGAUCCAAUAAUGAUGUUAGCACUCAUGGAGGAAAUAUUGUUGUAUUGACUGGAACUGCAUUAUCUACAGAUAUUACAGAUCUUGAAAUCGUGUUUGGGGGAACAACUAAAGGAACUAUAGUAUCUUCAACUGGAACUGAAGUAAAAGCAAGAGUUCCUGCAAAUUCUGGAGAAGGCGAAGCUGUAGUUACUUUCUUCCAAAAGCCUAACAUUGAAACAACAUGUAGCGCUGCAGGAGGGUGUAAGGUAAAUUACAAAGCUGAUACGCAAACUCUUACUACAAGUGCUACAAAUGUUGCAGUUCCAGAUGGAGUGAUAACUCUUCAAGGGACAAACUUUGGAGCUAAUGCUAAAGGAUUCAUCGAUGAUAAUGAGCAGACGACUCUUGUGUCAACGGCUACCGAAGUUCAAGUCCGUUUGACCAAAAUCCCAGAUCCUGCUGAUGUUAAUCUUGAGAUAAGAACAGACACUGCCAAUCUUCCACCUUUCACCGUUGCUACACCUAUAACUCAAAAAUUGAUAUCUAUCAGUCCCAAUACUGGUUCAACAGGAGGCCAAAAGGUUACUCUUACUACUGUAGGUAUUGGUAUUACCACUACAACAAAUGUUGCCAUAAUUGAUUCAAGCAGUAACUCUCUAUGUGAAGACGGCACUAUCACAUUUGUUGAUAGUUCAACUAUCACUUGCGUAACUAAGGGUUCUCAUGAUUUCACUUCUGGUGUUGAAUUCAGAGUCUCAUUUACAAACACAGAUUCCACAACUGGAAGAAAUACCGUGGUCACCUUGGCUUGUGCUACUUCUACAGAUUGUAAAUUUACCUCACAAACAUCAAGUACUCCAUCUGUAACUACUGCUACAAACUCAGGAAAUGAUCUUACUGUUGAUGUCAGCGGAUACACUUUUGACAGCACUCACACUGUGACUAUUUUCUACGGAAUGGCUUCAUCUGAAGCAAGCUCUAUCUCUGGAACCACUGCUACUGCAACCUUUGCUAAUGGAUUUACUCCUGGAACUCAUCCUGUCAAGGUUAAGUUUGAGAAAGAUGGAAAUGUAGUCUACACUAGCUCUCUUGACAAGACUCUUAAUUCUGGAUCAGUCACUGGACCAAGCGCUGAUGUUUCAUGCUCAUUUGUUGGAGGAUGCUCCAUCGAAAUCACUGGAGCAGGACUCAAGGCAGGAGCAGCUGGAGGAGAUGUUAAGGUCACUGUCUGUGAUAGACCAGCUACAUUUGACUUGCUAGCUUCAGAUGGAACUAAAAUAGUUGCACUUGCUCCAAACUAUGUGAACUCCCAUUCACAAUCAACUUUCUCUAUUUUAGAAACAGAAGUAGUUACUGGAACUUUGAUUAGCAAUUCACCUACAGGAUUAUUAGCUUUUGAUGGAGUAACCACUAAUAAAGUCACAGGAAGUGGAGCUGUUGGAGUUGGAUACAACUUUGGAACAGGAAAUAUUGCUCAACUCACUUCAGUAAGGUACUUCAUGGGACAAAUGAUUGACAAACAGACCAAUUGUGUUGGCAAAGUUAAGUUCCAGUCAUCGACUGAUGGAACUACCUGGAGUACUGAUGUAUUCACUGGAGAUAGACUUAUGAGGAAAGGAUGGAACACCAAGACUUUCAGUCCUCCUGUUUCUUCUCAAUACUUCAGGCUAUAUGUUGAAGAUAUUGUCAAAUGUCCAAUUGUGGAGGUUGAAAUGCUUGGAAAUAUUUUUGUUGCUGAUUCUGUAACUUCAAAGACAUGUGAUGUACAUGUUGCAAUUGGAUCAGCUUCUCCAACUCUUCUGGCAAACAAAGUUACUUACCAAGAUAGUGCUACAACUAAAGUAACAUCUAUUUCUCCAAGAUAUGGAACAUUCAAAGGUGGGGAUACUGUAACUAUUACUGGUACUGGGUUCAAUGCAGCUAAAGAACAAGCCUCAGUACUUAUUGACGGAGUUGCUUGCACAGUUAGUGCUGUUACCUCUACAACAGUUACUUGUACUACUCAAGCUAGACCAUCUAUUGUAUCAAAUCCAACAACCGUACUAUCUUUCUCAUCCUCAUCAGGAUCAAAUGGACUUGCAUCAAUGCAAGAAAACACCUUCACAUAUGCUAAUAACUGGAGUGACCCAGAUACUUGGGGUGGAGAAUAUGCCCCACAAGAUGGCGAAUCUAUUGUUAUCCCACAAGGACAAAUGCUUAUUGUUGAUAUUAAAGAGUCUCCAAUGAUUAAUGCCAUAAUCGUUCAAGGAUCUCUUGUAUUUAUUCCAGACUCAGACCCAACUCAUCACAGAACCUUCGAUGCAAAUUACAUCUUCGUACACACUGGUGCUACCUUCGAAGCAGGAACUCCUACCAAUAGGUAUACUUCCAAGCUCACCAUCACAAUGCAUGGUAAGAGAGAAGAUACUCAAAUUCCUACCUACGGAAACAAAGGAAUCUUUGUAAGACACGCCCAAUUCGAUAUGCAUGGUAUUGAAAAGAACAAAACUUGGUCCCAACUGGAUUCCACUCUCGCUAUUGGCGGAAAACAAAUCACUCUUAUUGAUUAUGUAGACUGGAAUGCUGGUGAUAGCAUUGUGAUUGCAUCUACUGAUUUUGAUCUUGAACAUACUGAAGAGUUUACUAUUAAGACAAUUGAUAAUAGCGGUCCAACUGGAUCAAUUAUUGAACUAAACACCCUUGCUAAGCACAAGCAUUUUGCUAAGUCUAAAGAUUAUACUGUUUCUAACGGAGUCAAUGCUGAUAUGACGAAGACUUUAACUAUGAGAGCUGAAGUUGGUCUCUUGACCAGAAAUGUUGUUUACAAGGGAGCUGAUGAUGACUCUGUUGAUAACCAAUAUGGUGCUCAUAUUAUGCUUCACUCUCCAGGAGAUGAGAGUUUGACUGGAAGAAUCUCUUAUGUUGAAUUAACUCAAGUUGGACAAGCUUUCCAACUUGGUAGAUAUCCAAUCCAUUUCCAUAUGAUUGGAACUGUUCAUGGAUCUUACAUUAAAGGAAAUGCUAUUCAUCACACCUACAACAGAGCUUGCACUAUUCAUGGUGUUCACUACUUGACAUUAGAAGACAACUUUGCUUACCAAACAAUGGGUCAUACAUUCUUUAUUGAAGAUGCUGCUGAAACCAACAAUUAUCUUAGAAGAAACUUAGUUAUGAAGAGUAUGAGAUCUUGGUCAUUGCUGAACACUGAUCAGACUCCGGCUUCCUUCUGGAUCACUCAUCCAAACAACUACUUUAUUGACAACCACGCUGCUGGCUCAGCUAAAUAUGGAUUCUGGUUUGACCUUCAGACUCAUUCAACUGGACCUUCCUUUGAUGCGGAUAUUUGUCCAGAGUACGAACAACUUGGAGAGUUCACUGGAAAUGUUGCUCACUCUAAUGGUAAAUAUGGACUCAGAAUAUUCCACAGAUAUACUCCUGUUGAGGAUCCUUGUGCAGGAUUAGCAAAUCAGCCUGAUAGAGAUCAACCAAUGGGAGAUGGAACAACUCCUGUUAUCACUAGAUUCAGAGAUUUCACUACUUAUAAGAAUAAUAGAACUGGAUUAAUUGCUGAAGAAUUUGGAGCACUCAAAUUCCAUAAUAUUGUUACUGCUGAUAACCUCUUUGCAGGAAUUGAAUUUGGAAUUACGGCUGCUGGACCAUGGAUUUCUGAUUCUGAUGAGUAUCAACUCCAAGAUGCUCUUAUUGUCGGAGCUUCUGAGAAUGCUGAACCCCAUUUACAAAGCGAUGUUCUCGGAAAAUUACAUGAUAUUGGUCAUGAUGCCAACGAAGCAUUUGGAGGAACAAGAGGAAUUAAAGGAGCUAGAACUGAGAAGAUGAGAAUUAAAGAUGUAAUAUUUGCAGACUUCGAUCAUACUUACUCUGACUUAACUCCCAUCGGAACAUGCUCUCAUUGUGAAGGACCAGGAACAGACUCUUCUGGAAGAACUUACUAUUUCAAGAAUCUUUUCUUUACAAACAAUACUAGAAGAGUGAAGUUUGAUACUCCUUUCAAAGAAAUACUAUACGAUGAGGAUGGCACUCUUGGUAACUCAACUCACAGAUGGGUAGUACACUACUUUAAGCACUUAGAUGUUCCUGAAUGUGAGAGAAACGAAGACCUUUACAAUGGACUUUUAUGUCAUCAAUCUAUUAGUGUCAGAAGAAUUGCUUUAUAUAAUGGGGUCAAGUAUGAUGCCCUAAAAUACAGACCUCUCAAAGUUCUUAAUCUUAAAAACAUUGCAAGUGGCAGAAGGAUGCUUAACGGAUGCGCUAAUGCCAAUCAGACUUCAACCUUUGCAACUAUCAAGACUAAUGACGAUGUUUCAAUGCAAAAUCAGCUUGAACUUCUUGCUGCAUUCCAUGAUAGGCAAACUAACAAGACAGCUUACGAUCAAGAAGUUAAAAAUUAUGAGGAUGGAGUCACUGGUGCAACUCAAGCAAAUAUAGAUACAUACUAUAACAAUAUGCAGACUGCUCAGACAAUAAUCACCAGACUUGAGCCUCUUGUAAAUGCUGAGAAGGGAAAAUAUGAUGACCUCUGGAAAAAUGAUAAUGCUUUUUGUAACCUCGAUCAAUAUCAAGAUAUUGAAUUCAGAUUCAAAGCAAAUCCUGCCAAAAACUGGGUCGUACCACUCAUCACUGGAUAUGAAUAUAAAUUCCAAUUUGAUAUUGGCCAAGACUUUGAAGGAUUUACAAGUGAGUAUAGUUAUCCAGAGCUUCUUCAAGGAGAAGAUAGAGGUAUUCUUGUACAUUGGAACCAUACAGAGAGAAGAGAAGCUUUAAACUUAACUUAUACUCAUGCAAAUGGAACUGCUAACACCCUAAUGCCUACUCAAACGUCUCAUCUAAGUUUGACAUCUACAAACAAGAUGGGGGAUGUAUACUUUAACAACGUGACCAGGCAUAUUCAAAUAAAACUUGAUGGUCAAAGAAAUGAUACUCAGACAUUCAAAGUUGAGGCUGAUGAGUGUAUCUCAUGGGGCAACUGCAACCCUGACACGACAGAAGAUGCUGAGAUUGAAAAAGAUUACAGAAGAUGGAGCAAGCCUGAAUCAUGGACUUCUGGAAAGCUUCCCGUUGAAGGAGAAGAAGUCCUAAUUGAGCCAACCUGGAACAUGCUCUACGAUCUUGAAGAUUCUCCUAUAUUCAAGAGCAUUGAGAUUAAUGGAAGACUAACUAUUGAGAAUAAUGGAACAGACAGAGUGCUCCGAUCCUUCCUCAUUUUCAAUAGAAAAGGAGACCUUGUUGUUGGAACUAAGGAUAAGCCAUUUGAAGCUGAAAUGACUUUCGAGCUACACGGAACAAGAGCUGACAAAGAUGUAUACUUUCAUACUAAGAUGUUCGAAGGAGGAAAUAAAGUCAUUGCUAACACUGGUAACCUAACAAUGUAUGGAAAAACUGUUGAUGUAAAAAAUACAAGACUUAUUGAACCAGCUGCUAAAGGAGCAACCACUAUCAAAAUAGCUGACACUCCAUCUGACUGGAAAACCGGAGAUAAACUUGGCAUUGCUCCAAGUGGAAGAGACUGGGAACAAAGAGAUGCGGUUACUAUUGCCUCUAUCAGCGGAAGCACUAUUACCCUCAACGAAGCUUUGAACUUUGAACAUUAUGGAGCUGCCUCUGUUGAUGCUAGUGUCUCUGGAACUAUUGACAUCAGAGCUGAAGUUGUACAUCUAUCCAGGAAUAUUAAGGUUGUUGGAACAAACACUGACAGAUGGGGAGCCCACAUUGUCACUGCUCACAACCAAGACUCUCAGUUCUUGAAUGGAAAGCUUAGCACUGUUACAAGAAGAGGAUGGGCAAUUAUUGACCAUGUUGAGUUCUUUAAUUGUUCUCAAUAUGAUACAGAUAAAGCUGCUGUAAGGUUUGCUGACAUCAGUGGUCUCGGAACUGACGAUAUCAGAUCAAAGGUUACUAACUCUGCUAUUCAUGACGGUCUUGGUAUUGGAAUUAUGGUCACAUCUGCAGAAGAUGUUAUUGUAGACUCAAAUGUUGUCUGGUUCCAGCAUAUUGGAGGUAUUUGGAUGAAGAAAUCUGAUAAUACUACAAUUACGAAUAAUAUUGUUGCAGGAAUGGGAACUAGAUACUGGUCUGGUGAGACAAGGUUAGAUGAAAUUGCAGCAUUUAACAUUUGUAAUAAGGAUCAGAACUGAAAAGACCUUACUUUAACAGGAAAUAUAGCUGCUGGAGGCCAAAGAGUUGGAUUUGCAGUUCCUACUUCAUGUGACACAGCUCUUUCUUCAUACUCCAAUAACUUAGCUCAUUCAGUAGAGCACGGAGCCUGGCUUUUCAGUAAUACUCUCUGUUCUGGAACUCACUACUUUGGAAACUUUAAAGCAUAUAAGACAAGAGAGCAAGGAGUCAUGGCCUAUCAGAGUUAUGGAACUUUAGAAGUUAAGAAUGUGGAAACACUUGAUUGUGGAAUGGGGCUUACACUUAUGACUAGUGGAGGAAGAGAGAAUAACUUUAUAACUUUGAGAGAUUCUGUAAUAAUGGGAGAAAGUACAGCCUUACCAGUAGAUCCAUCCGAAUACUGAGUAGAUAUUCAUGGAGUUUGGGUAUCAACUGCUACCAAUGGAGGAAAAGAAUUCCCAGCAUCCAAGUUAUCAAAGCUUCCUUACUACAAAAUUAUGACUUAUGCUGCAUGGUAUACAGAAGGCCAUCAUCACAAUGUUACUUUCAAGAACUGGGUAUCUGGAACAAGACAGAACUGUGCUUCAUCUACUACAACAAAACAAAGAGCUAUCUUUUUGAACCCAACAGGUGCUGAUCAUGCUCCUGUGGAUAGAUAUGUUGACACCAAAUUUAUUAAUGUUGUUAAUGAUGCUAUUGCAUACCUCUCAGAUCCAGACCCAGGAUGGGCUAUACUAAAAGAUUGUGGAAACUUCCCAUGUACUGGACCAGACAACGUUAUUAUUAAAUUUGAAGGAACUACUUUCUCUGGAACUAAUCAGCCUACUAGAAAUGAUGCCACUUUCCAGAUUCUGCCAAAUAAUGAAGGAGUCUCUGAUCAAAUUGCCAACUGCACAGCAGAAGCUGGAUGGAAUGGAUACUAUUGCUUAAAUCCUGAUGUUGCCCAACUUGUAUUUGAAUCUUUGGAUUCAGAUAAAGAAGAUAGAACAUUCUCACCAAUUCACUAUUUCGGUAUUGAUAGAUCCAAUGAAAAUAGGAAUUCUUUCAACAAUACUAUGAACUCUUUUAUGGAUCACUGUUGGGAUGAUCACUAUACUUGCCAGAAAAGACUUUCCAGAUUCCCAGGAAUUAUUCAAACUGAUAGUAAAUAUGAAAUCUACUUCACAGGAACUACUCCUGCAGUCUCCAGAUAUGUUCUAGAAGGAGCUGAUGACACUAAUUAUGUAAUUCUCAAGAUUGACUUCUCGCAAUCAGUCCUGUAUCAUGUCAGUGUAGCUUUAAAUGGUGGAGCUGAAACUGAAAUCAAAGCUAAUGCAUUUAAUAAAACUCUUGGAUCUCCUGCACCAAUUAAUAUCAGUACAUGUGGCCACAACAGAUAUGAGCAACAAGAUUACAUCUAUGAGUUCGCCCUGAGAAGAAACUGUACAGUUUAUCUCAGAGCACAAGAACAUCUUGUUGGUCUUGUUAGGCUUCAGAUGUCCCUAGAACAGUUCUUUGAAGAUGACUUCGUUAACAAGCUGUCUUAUGCUCUCGGUAUCACUACAGACCAGAUCAGAAUAGUUGGUGUCAAAGAAGGAUCCACAGUAGUCUCCUACCAAAUCACAAGCACAGAAGUUGAUACUGCUAGUCAAAGAAAGAACCUUGUCUUCAUGGCUGAGACCCUGGCAGCUCAAUAUGCAGCUGGAACUCUCGAUCUUGGUGCUGAGAUCCUGGAUCUGAUCAACCAAAUAAUAUCUUCCAAUGGUGAAGUAGUCACGACUGGUACGUACUCGUACAAAAAGAAAGAGAUUCAUCCAAUCGUGUACGUCUUGCUAUCCCUAUCAGCCAUUGCUCUGAUUAUCUACGGAAUCACCCAAUUGGUCAAGAUGUUCAGGAUGAACAAGGUGUACAAUGAAGUCAUCCACGAAGACUCUUCAGAGCUGUCCAAGAUGGAUAAACCAAUUCCAGGAAAUUUUAGAGACUCUAAAAUGGGCAAGCUUGAAAAGACUAAGAAGGAUUAAUCCAUAAAAUUUCAAUACAAA